AGGAGUAACAGCUGAUUGCGUCAGUCACAAUCGAUCCGUAUCGCCGACAGGCCAGCACCAUCUACAUAUCUUGAAUAAGACUUUCGUUCGACUUUCGUUCGUAUAACGAAAACGUGUGCUAGUAUUAUUCGGUACGCGAAACAUCAAGUGUCAAAUGAUGACAAUCAAUAAUCUGUACAAAGUCUUGGAUUUUAUGAAAAAUUAUCAAACCGACAAAGAUUUGGAAAUCUUAUUACAUAUUGCGCAUCUAAAUGUGUAAAUCUUGUUUUAAUUCAUACAUUACGUUAAUUGCGAAAAGUAAUCAUGAAAAUGAAUGUCGGUUUGAAGACGAUGGGUUUCGUGAGAUUGAGUCGCCGUGUUCGGCAGAAUUUAAACAUGCGCAAGUAUGUAAGCGAUCAGCUUCUUGCGGAUGGCGAAGUGAAAGAGCAGAGGAUACCGUUAAACAUCGAUACCAACAUGCUGAAAAUCGGUUUUCUCGGCGGAGGAAAAAUGGCUCAGGCCCUCGCUAGAGGUUUCAUACGAGCGGGUUUAAGUAAAGGCGAGAUGAUGCUGGCUAGCUGCCUUCCAAACGAUAUUGGGAGCAUUGAGACAUUUAAAGAAAUGGGAUCAAGUACUGUUUUCGCUAAUGCUACAGUCAUAGAUUACGGCGAUGUGCUCAUCUUAUCAGUGAAACCGCAAAUUGUACCGAAAAUUUUACCAGAGUUUACCAGAGAGAAAGUACACGAUAAUAAAAAAUUACUCAUCUCCAUUGCCAUGGGUAUUUCUUUGGCUUCGCUAGAAAAGGCACUCCCAAAAGACACCCCCGUAAUAAGAGUAAUGCCGAAUACGCCGGCAUUAGUGGGUUGCGGAGCCACGGUAUUCGCGCGCGGCAGGAACGCAAGUGAUAAAGACGCCGAAAUCACGGAGAAAUUAUUUUCCGCUGUAGGAAUUUGUGAAGAAGUACCAGAAAAUCUCAUCGAUCCUGUCACCGCGUUGGCUAGUUCCGGUCCUGCUUAUAUAUACAUGAUAAUCGAAGCUAUGGCUGAUGGUGGAGUGAAAAUGGGACUUACCAGGUCCAUCGCUUAUAAACUCGCUGCGCAAACUGUUUUAGGCGCCGGCACUAUGGUCCGUGAAACAAAUAUGCAUCCAGGACAGCUUAAGGACGACGUAGCUUCACCAGCAGGAUCCACUAUAACGGGUAUUCAUCAUUUAGAAAGACACGGCUUAAGAUCGGCAUUAAUCGAUGCCAUAGAAGCGGCAACGCUUCGAUGUAAAGAAGUUAGUUUACAAACAAAAGAGGAUUAAUAGUAACAAUGAUUGUUGUUACAUAAUAAUCAAUAUCAAUAUCAAUGGCAUACAUUUAAAAAAAUGAUAUAUAAAUAUCAAAAUAUAUAUAUUAAAUUAAAGAGUGAAAUAACGCGCAGGAUAAUAUCCAAUCGAUUCGAUAAUGGUAUAUAUUAACUUGAUAUUGUCAUUACUAUACACAAACGAUAUUUCGUAAUAACUAAAAUACCGAUAAAUAUUAAUACAUCCUCAAAUGCGCGCACAUGUAUAAAAAUUAUAAAAUUGUGAAAUUAUUUUUUAUAAUAACACUAUAAAAUACUACUAUUCAGGAAGAAAGCGCUCUGCAAAUCUCUCUAAAUUUUUUUUUUCUUUUCUUACUGUGGAUAAAAAUAAUUGUGUAAGUAUAAUUAUGUCAUGUGCUAACAGGUAACUUUUUAAUUGUUUGGACAUAAUUUUGACACGAAACAGAGAUAAGAGAGAGACAAAGAGAGAUAGACAGAUAGAUAAGUAGAUAUAUAGAUCUGGUAUUAAAUGAUAAUAAUAGUGGAUAAUAUACAUGACAUACUAAACAUUUAAACUCGACUGUUUAUAUUUUAAAAUUAUAUACAUUUGCAAAUUUAUAUCUACAUGUUUCAUAAUUGUAU